GCGGCUGUCCCGCAGCUCACGUGCUCCUCCGGCGCGCGGCGGGCCAUGGCCGCGCUGCUCAGCUCCGCCGGGCGCCUGCGGGCGCUGUGCGCGCGCCUCCGGCCCCUGCUGCCCCUGCUGCCCCCGCGCGCGCCCGGCCCCGCCCUCAGCAGAAAUGUAGUUUACCAAACAAGGUUCCUUACAGUUGCACCUCAACAGCAGGGAAGCGUUAAAGAAGAACCAGUGUCAGAAAGUCUAAACAGACAGGCAUGGCAGUUUGACUGGGCAUUAAAUAAGCUGGAUAACUCUGUCAGAAAAACUGGCCGCAUCCCGAAAACCCUUCUACUAAGAGUCUUCCAGGAAAUAUGCAAAGAAGGGUGUCCAGGGAGUAAUCAGAUCUUGCUUUUGUUGCGAAGUUGUGGUGCUCUGUUACCAGAGGUAUUGUCAUCUGAAAGAACAGAACUAGCCCAUGCGAUAUGGGACAAGAUGAAAGAACUGGGUGCUGUCUAUGAUACAAGCCAUUAUAAUGCUUUACUUAAAGUCUACCUUCAGAAUGAGCAUAAAUUUUCUCCAACGGAAUUCUUGGCCAGAAUGGAGGAAGCUAAUGUGCAGCCAAAUCGAGUUACAUACCAAAGGUUGAUUGCUGCUUAUUGCAAUGAGGGUGACAUUGAAGGAGCCAGUAAGAUUCUUGGAUUUAUGAAGAACAAAGAUCUCCCAAUCACUGAAGCAGUAUUCAGUAGCCUUGUGAAAGGUCAUGCAAGAUCAGGAGAUAUCAAGAGUGCAGAAAAUAUCCUUUCAGUGAUGAAGAUGGCUGGUGUUGAGCCAGGUCCAGACACCUAUUUAUCGCUACUGAAUGUAUAUGCUGAAAAGGGUGAUGCUGAUAGCAUCAAGAAGACUCUAGAAGAGGUUGAGAAGACUGAAGGGUACCUUAUGGAUAGGAUUUUGAUGCAGGUGAUUUUUAGCCUUGCCAAGGCUGGAUAUCCUCAGUACAUUGAAGAUAUUAAAGAACGCAUAAGAUUUGAAAAGGAAUUAAUUCCAGAUGCGAUGAACCUCUGUUUGACUCUGAUAACUCAUGGCUUUGAAGAUAUAAGUUUCCAUAUUUUGAAGUCUUAUAAUCAUUUAUCACGUGAUAAUGUGGACCAGGGUAGCUUCUUCUUACAACACUGUGUAAAUAGAGAUUUGCCUUUGAGCAAGCUGAAGCAAUUUUGUAGCGAGUUAAAAGAAACAAAAAUGCACUCGGCACCGUUGACAUUUGUCUUGCGUUGUGCUUUGGAGGCCAACAAAUCAGCCCUGGCUAUUGAUGUGAUGAAGACCAUGAAAGAGGAAGGCGUGCCGCUCAGACCUCACUAUUUCUGGCCACUGAUAGUUGGGUUCCAGAAAGAGAAGAAUCUUAAAGGUAUCUUUGAGAUCCUCAAAGUGAUGCAUGAGUUGGGGGUGGAAAUCGAUGCAGAAACAUACACUGACUAUGUUUUUAAAAAUUUUGCUGAUUGCAAAACUGCCUGUGCCCAGAUGAAGGAAAAUAACUGCCUGUUUGAAACUGUUGGACUCCAUGUAGCACAAAUUAGACAUGAAGCAGCACAUGGAAGACUGAAAAAUGUUCUUUCUUUGUUGUCUUCAGCAAGCACACCUUCUGUUGAUAUUCACCAGUUUAGAAACAGCCUCGUUAGGGGAUUCAAAAGCUCAAAUGAUGUACAGCUUUGGAGCAAGAUAACAGAACUGUUGUACAAGGAUGAACGUUAUUGCCUGACGCCUCCAGGACCAACUGAAGCUGUUGGCUAUUUUCUUUAUCACUUGAUUGACAGCAUGAGUGACUCAGAGGUACAGGCCAAGGAGGAGCGUUUGAGACAAUACUUCCAUCAGCUGAAGAAGAUGAAUAUAGUUAUCCCUACAAACCUCUGCAGCGGCAUUUGCAGACUGCUGGACUCCUCUCAAGUACCUGAAUUAAUUAAGGAUGUAAGGUCACUGUCUCCUAAAAAACCCGUGUCUACAGACAGCAUUCCAGAAAGUGCUAAAUCUGACGUGUCUGCUUUGGAGAAGAAACUAGAAAAGCGAAAAGCUGAAAACCAGCCUAUUACAGAUGUCUUGAAACAACUCAUACAUGCUCUUUGUGAAGAAGAGAAUAUGCAAAAAGCCCUUGAAGUGAAAGCCAAAUAUGAACCGGACAUGGUUGUUGGUGGCUAUGCAGCCUUAAUAAAUUUGUGCUGUCGACAUGAUAAUGUAGAAGAUGCAAUGAACCUGAAAGAAAAAGUCUUCCCUAGGAACUCACCUGUUGCUCUUGACACUGGAAAGUACAUAGCACUGGUAGAUGUCUUAGGAAAACAUGGUAGACUAGAAGAUGCUAUUAACGUUCUAACAGAGAUGAAAGAGAAGGACGUUCCGAUCUCUGAUAGAGCGGUUGCAUCUUUUUUCCGCCUUCUUAACGCCGCUGCCAUGCGAGGUGAAGUUGAAACAGUGAAUCGGUUACACGAGACCAUUGUGAACCUGGGGCUGGCAGAAACUGCUGCCCUUUAUUCCCCUCUGAUUACAGUUCACCUUGAAAAGGAUGACAUGCCUGCUGCUCUGGAAGCUUUAAUGGGCUGUUACAAGAAGCACGGGAAAAUUCUUCAGCUUCAUAACAUCUACUGUAGACUCAUAGAGAAAGGAGAUGCUGAUCUUCUGCAAAAAGUUUCAGAUUUUAUAAGCAGAGAAUAUGGUGACAUGAUGGCUCUCUAUGAUCUCUUCUUUGCCUUCUUGCAAACAGGAAAAUAUAAAGAGGCCAGAAAGGUCAUUGAGACUCCUGGUUUAAGAGCCCACCCUGGAAGGUUGCAGUGGUUUGCAAAAAAGUGCAUAUCAAAUAAUCAGAUGGAGACUUUGGAACAAUUGGUAGAAUUAACUCAAAAUCUCUUUGAAUGUGAUAGAGAUGAGAUGUACUACCACCUGCUUCAACUCUGUGAGAACAACAGUGACUGGUCAAAGGCUGAAGCAAUUUGGACUAAAAUGCAAGAAGAAAAUGUUGUUCCUCGUCAGAAAACACUAACCUUGCUGGCUGAUAUAUUUGAGAAUAAUGGUCAGGUUGUCCCAUUUGAGGUACCUAAGGCUAGACAAGAAGAAACAAGAAGCCCAAUUUCUUCUACUUCUGAAGAAAGAAAAAUAAGGAUGCUUUGCAAGAAAAAUAAUGCAAAAGAGGCCUACAAUUUUUUCCUGCAAACGCAAGAGAAGGACUAUCAUUAUCGUACAUAUAUCGCCCUUAUAAAAGCGUUGUUAUCGCAGGAUUCUCUUGAAGAAGCCAUCCAAGUGAAACACAUUGCUGAGACCCACAUCAAGGGCUUCACACUGAACAGUGCUGCCAGCAGCCUCCUCAUCAUAUCGCAAGUUAGGCGGGAUUAUUUGAAAGAUGCCAUAGCUGCUUUCCAAGGAAUGCUUGACGGUGGCUUGUUGCCUACUAGACCAGCAGUUAUUGUACUUGCUGAGGCUUUGGCAGUGAAAGGAGAUAUGAAGAACUUAAAAGCAUUUGGAAACAUGAUAGAAGACAUCACAAAAUCGAUUGAUUUAUCUCCCUCACUAAUUGCCAAUUCUAUUGCAUUGGCUCAUGCUAAGAACAAUGACCUUGAUGCUGCAGUGGAAUACCUUGAGCCUCUGCUUAUCUCUGGUGCACAGAAUCCUGAUCAACCUGUCAAAAAUAUUUCCUUUUUGUUAAGAAAGGUGUCUGAGGAAGGAUUAGAGCCAGCUUUGGAAAAAUUUGGCGUGAUGGCAGAACGACUGGCCAAUCAGUUUGGAAUUUACAGACCUGUCACAGAUCUUUUCCUUCAAUAUGUCAGUGCAGGCAGAGUGGAUGAUGCCAGAUCUCUACUGCAGAGGUGUGGUGGAUUAGUUGAGGAGAAGAGAACUUUUCUGAAUUUCAUGGGUAAAGCAGCAUCUAAACCUGGACAGGCAAAGAAGAUUGAGACACUUCUAGAACUGAUUCCUGAUCACCUAGAUAUGGAAACUGCAUACCGUUACCUCCUAAAAUGUUAUGAAUUAGAUGGGGAUGUUGCGUCCGUAAAGGCUGUGUAUGAGAAAUCAAAAGAAAAGAAUAUACAGCUUCAUGACCUGUCUCUGAAAUCUUUAGCGGUUUUUCUGAAGAAAGUAGGAGAGCCGGUCCCUUUCACUGAACCCCCUGAGACAUUCAAAUUCUAUAUGGAAAAAUGGAGGAAAAGAACAUUGGAAACAUUAUGAACAGUUGGUUUAUGUUUUAGUUGUUUAUGAAAUUAAGUAUUACAUUCAAUAAAAAAUUAAAAAAGCAUGUUGUUCUGUGUAAUUUUUAAUAUAAAUACUGUGUUAAAACAGCACUUUCCGUAGCUGUAACUGCUGGAAACUCAUAGGCUUUUCUUAUGUUAAAAUUGCUAAUGAAAUAUCACGAUGCCACUUUCUAGGCUAUUUCUGUUUUGAUGUAUGAUCUGCUGUAACUAGAACUGUACUUUAGUUCCUGUUGAUUCACCAAAUAUAUGUAUAUUGAGAAAGUUGCUAGAGGGGUAUGCAACUGUAGCUUCAGCAAACUGCAUUAUUUUUUGUUGUUGUUUGCCAGGUCAGUGUGCUUUGGAGUGAAAUAGAAGGGUAAAGAACAUCUUCGGGAUCCAUCUGUACCUAUAAAAAAAAUAAACACAUCUUUUUUUAGAUUCUCCUAAAUGUACUUCUUUUGUGUGAAAUAUCUUGUUAUGGGAUUCAAUGUUAUAGAUAAAGACAAAAUACACCUUUUACAC